AUGACAAAUAACCGAUGCGAUUGUCCGAAAUGUCUUCAUCGAUCGUGUCCGCCUCCGCACGCGGAACCACCGUACGACGAACUAACGCAACAAAUCGACGACAACAUUUUAUCCGUGAAAAUACCGAAGCAUAAAGGACAUUUCCAGUCGGACGACUCUCAGGAACAAGAAAAGCGGAGUUUCGACUUCAAUUGCGCCGACGAACAAGGGGAAAAAUGUAAACCGGGUUGCACGAAAGUCCACGUGGUACCGGAUCAGCAGCCGCCACCGAAGCGUCCCGCAGAAGAGAUGCUGUUUUUGAGGAGCAUAAGGCACACUUUGCCCAACGACGACCUAAUGAACACGCUCGAAAUUGAAUUUAAGGCACCACGAAAUUACAUUCCUCUGCCCGAACUCGGCCCAACUCCACCCAUAAUUGUACCGAAGCAGAAUAUCAGAUCGAGAAGAAGGCGCAAAAGGAAAAAGUAA